AGAGGAUUGAUUGUGUCUCACAAGCCACUGUGCCUGAGCUACCAGUGGUGUGCACUGUACACACAGUGUACGUAAUGCAACUCCUCCAACAAGUGGCUGGAAUCGAAUCAUUCGCCGAGGAGGACGGGACACACUGCUGACUCGGAACAAACUCUGAUCAGAUACCUGGAGCUAAGUUUGAACAUAAGAAAUAGGAGCAGGAGUUGGCCAUUCGGUUUUGUUGACCAAACUCGUGAUCUCUUGAACAGAGAGUGGAACAACAUGGGCGAUGCACUGAGCUGCCACCAGGGGGAGAAGGACACAAACAGGCGGCAGCCGAACAGAGAGGGAAAGGAUCACAAGAGACAUCUCAGCGCCGUUUGCAAUUUCUCCGAGGUUUUGGUAAGAGACAGCCGGAUCAACAUCAACACCGCCCGUGAGGAGGAGCUGAUGACGCUGCCGGGCAUCACCCGCUUCCUGGCCCACAACAUCGUGGUUUACCGGGAGAAGAUCGGUGGCUUCCGCAAGGUGGAGGACGCAGCUUUGGUGACUGGGGUCGGGGCCACCAAACUGCAGCUCAUCAAGUCUGAGAUCUGCGUGACCCGAGGGGACUCCUCAAAGGCCGCCCGCAAUCUCUCCAGCUUCGAUCUGGUCUCCUCCACCAAACUCAACAUCAACGUUGCCUCCGAGACACAGCUCACUGCCGUACAGGGGGUCUCAGAGAACCUGGCGAAUGAUAUAGUUCUUUACCGAACCGCCAACGGACCCUUCGCCCACGUGGACCACUUGCUUCGGGUGCCCGGGGUGGAUGUGGCUUUAUUGAAUGUCAUCCAAGGCAAACUCACUGUCUCCCUCCCCAGGCCCGCCUCUUCCAACUUAUGCCUUGGGGGAGAAUCCAGGUCCAAUUUGAGAUUGUCCUUCUACAGCCUCCAGCACCUGAACCUGGAAGGACAGAGCCAGACCUCGUUGGUCCGCCCGCUGCUGAAGCCCUUCACUGGCCAGCACAAUGGAAGGCCAGUUGUCCGCAUCGGCAGCUGGAACCUUCAGAACCUGACCUUGGAUAAAGUCAACAACCCAGGAGUGCGAGAGGUCAUCUGUCUGACCUUGCUUGAAAACGGGAUUAAGCUGUUGGCAAUACAGGAGGUGCUGCAUGAAGAUGCUUUAGACAAGAUCUGUCUGGAGCUCGAGAAACCCACCAUCGCUACAGUCCAGGAGUGGACAGGAGACCGGGGACGCUGGAAGUAUGUGGUGCUGGACACCCCAAUGGGAGAACCCAAAGAGGAAGUGGAGCGUGUGGGCUUUCUGUGGGACAGUAGCUUUGGGGUAGAGCUGGACAGAGCAAUCAGCUUAGAGAAGCUGCUGGAACCCACCAACGGACACCGGCUACACAGCCCGGCUCUGCUGGGUCGCUUCAAGAUCGCCGAGCUCCCAAUCAGCCUCAUCAACGUGCAUCUGAAGACCAAGCAGGACUCUGGGACGGCCUCGGGUGACCCACGCAAGCCCUUGGGAAUCGAGACGCUCAGGCUUCACCUCAAAGACAACAAGCACCUUGUCAUCUUGGGCCACUUUGGGCUGCAGCCUGAUGCCCGUGAGUUUGACGUACUGAGAGAAAACCACUUCCACCACUGCAUCCCAGAGGACAUAUUCACCAACAUCAGCACCAAAGCCGAGGUGGGCGGAGCCUCGCAAGACAACAUCUGGUGGAAUGAGCAGGCGCAGGGCACGCAUACAGGGAGGAGCGGAGUGAUUCGGCAGGGUCUCAGUAGUCCCUGGAUACCAGAUGGUUGGAAGUGGGGAGGGGUUGUAUCUGAGCACUGCCCGGUGUGGACUGAGAUCUUUAUUGAUUAGAGAUUAAAACACAUGAAGACCUCCCUCUGCACUGAGAACCUGAGGACAGGACAAAUGGGCCUGAGGAACCCUGGCUCGGCAUCGCUGUCACAACCAGGAGCUUGCCAGCUGUUUAGCCCAUGUACAAGCCAACCUGGUGAGGAGCACAGGCACGGUGAGAGGACCUUCAUUAACUUCCUUUAAUCCGGUUGCCCUGUAGGGCAAGCAAGAGUUCCAAAUCAUUUGCAGGGAGACAGAUGUUGAGUUUUGAGUUUCUCUGAUGUUUGGCAGAGUUAAUGACCAGACAUGAUGUAGUACUGUGUGUGCCAAUGGGAGGCUGGAAUGUGAAGAAAGACAACCCUGAGUUGCAGAAGAUGUGAAUUUCUCUCGCUGCCUGGAUGGAGUGUAGAAUGGAUACAGCAUCUGUCAGCACCAACAUACAUCACCACAUCCUGAUGCUAAAGAGAGCUGAGCAGAUGCUAAUUCCACGCAGAGACACAUCCAAAGCUCCAGGUGGAGGUUGCGAUGGCCCACAACACUGAAACAGGAAACCAAGAAAAAUCCUUCAAAUCUCAGGAGCAAUGUUGGAUGUAAUAUUAUCCCGGAUGAUAUUUCUACACAGUCAAAAUUUCUCUGGAUUUCAAAAUAGGGUCAACUUGUCCUUCACGUAGGAUCACGUCUCGGAGCACUAUACAUUGGUCCAACCUCCCUGAGCAAGGGAGAAAGGGAGGGGGAGGUGACCACAGGCACAUUGGA